AACAAUCAGUUUCUUCGCGAAUACUAACCGAAACGGUCGUAUAGACCUCCUGUUCUAUACAGAUCUUGCGUGAAACCAGGGAUAGGUGCCAAGUCUUGAAUGAUUGCCAGUGAUUUGUUUGUUUGUAGCGAAACGUAAACAAAGUGACAUGAUGAGGCCCCAAUUAGUGGCGAUGGCCGUCGUCAUGGUGCUGGCGGUCAUCUGCGGCUUUGGCUCGGGAUCCGUGCUAGAAGUCCCCGAGGCAACUGAGCGCCCACCGCUCCCACCUCGUAACCACCGACUCAACCAAACACGGUCGCACAUGCGCAACAACUUCCGAAGUUAUACGAGCCCCACGAGUCCUCCGAAAUGCGACUACAAGGAGAUGAUGACCAAUCUGCACGAUCGCGUUGGGAUCUUGGUGACCUUGGACGAGGACCAGCGCCAUCGCCUGGAAGUGAUCGAUCAGAAAUUGGACCGGCUGGUGGAGAGCAGUUCUGCACGAAUGGAAUCUAUGAAGGUCCAGCAACUGGACUUCAAGCAGCGAUUAGACAGCUUUGAGCACAUCCAACGACUUUCGAGGAACACCUUGGAUGAGCUUAAAGGUGAAACCGAUAAAGUGUUCGGUUCCCGGCCUGUUAGGGAGCUAAAACACAAGCUAAUCAAUCGCUUAAAGAUGAAGGAUUUAUCGCGGACUGAACGUGAUGCUCCACAGGAUCAGUACUCCGAAUCGGGAAUCCCUGUAUUCAAUGAAUCCAGCAUAAGUGUAGCGCAGCGCCUGGAUGCCUUGGCCACUCUUUUGACCUCCACUGCACUGCAGGGCAGAGCCACGCAGAUUGAAGUAGGCAACCUUGCAAAGCUUAUUAAAAUUCAACUUCGGGGAAAAGGCAAAAAAUCGAAUGCAGUACAGCCGCCAGUCCUCUACGGUCCGCCUGAAAUAACUGGUCCUGCAUCUGGCCAGAAUUUGCCCAGCAGCUGCAAGAACGGCUUCCAGAGCCAGGAGGGGAUCCUGAAGCUGCGACUGUCCCCCGACUCGGAGUCCUUCUACGUGAUGUGCGAUGGUGACUGGACGGUUAUCAUGAGUCGCAGCUCCGACAAUGUGAGCUUCGAGCGCGGCUGGCUGGACUACCGAGAUGGCUUCGGCAACCUGGUCGGGGACUUCUUCAUUGGCCUAAACAAGCUGCAUGCCCUGACCGCCUCGUCUUUGCACGAACUGCAGAUCGUCUUGGAGGACUUUGCGGGCAACGAGGCGAUUGCGCAAUAUUCGGUCUUUGCCAUCGGCAGCGAAAGGGAGCUGUAUCCCCUCAGUGUGUUGGGCCACUUCCAGGAGGGCUCGGAAACGCCGGCGGGCGACUCCCUGUCCUACCAUGCCGGCGCCAGGUUCAGCACUGUGGACCAGGAUAAUGACAACUGCAUCGAGUGCAACUGCGCCCUGAAGCACAAGGGAGCCGGGUGGUUUGUUAACUGCGCCACCAGCAACUUGUUCGGCCAGUAUAUCACCCGGAACCAGGGUCAAGCUGUGGAAACUGGCAUGUGGUGGGACACCUUCUCGGGCCAGGAUUCCCUAAAAAGCGUCCGCUGGAUGAUACGCCCCGUGCCCGAAUCCUCGGACGACUACAGGCGAUAGGAUGGACGACCAUCUGUAUCCAACUGCCAUCUCCGACAUCAGGGACUAUCCACAAUCGUUUGCAUGCAUUUUAACCCUAGCUUUAGCUUUGAAUCUCUCCGUGCGUGUGUGUGUAAUAUUUAUGGAAAAUUACUUAAUACCUAGUUAAUACAGUAGUGUUACAACUA